AGAAGCAGUAAUGGAAAAUUCUACACACAAGGAGAAAAGUGAUGAUGCCUCAGACGGUCCUGUUACACAUUCAUCAGUUAGUGAGGCAAAUGAGGUAGAAUUGGAUAGUUCUUGGCCAUGUUUUAAGCAAAGGAAAAUCGAAUAUCAGAACCCCAACAAAUCUUCCAGCCCAACUUUGAGGACAAGUUCCUACAAAGCUAUCAGUGAAAGUAUAUCCAAUAUAUCUGUUUGGGGUGAGAAAGAAAACAUCUGUCCUAUGCCUCAGGAACUGUCAAUUUCUCAUAAUUCAGGCGCCGCUUUAUCAGAUUGUGCUAUUUUUAUCAAGGUGAUUGAUCAGAGUGUCCCUUCUUUACUGAGUAAGGAACAAGUGUUGACUCCUCAGGUGGGGUGUGGAAAGGAUAAAGCUAGCUUAGGGAGAAUUGAUCCAUCCUCCAUACAUGAACACCAAAAACUUUCAAAAUCUGAUGGUUCAAAUGUGAAUCGAAGUACUAUUGCAGAGCCAUCAGAAUUUUUGACUUGGGAUGGAAAAGUGAAAACAAAUGCAUUAAGUGCUGCAACUUGCAGUGGAAGGUUGUCUCGUGGUUUGGUGAAUGAUCAAGAUCUUGUUGAUAAUGACACUCUAUUAAAGUUGAUGGAUACGAAAAUGGCAGUGGAUCAUAGAAAUUCUCAUCAAAGAGUGCAUGAAUUUAAGUUAUCUAUUGGUUCUCCACUAAUGGAGUGUAUGAACGUGGCUAAAGUGGAUCAAACUAUACCGGAGUUUAUGAAAGUGGCUGAAGUCGAUCAAACUAUACCAGAGUUUGAUCGUUUUGUUAUAGAUGAGAACACAGUUGAUGCACAAAGUUCCAGAGAUAAAUUUGCCCAUGAAGAAGCUCCUGUUCUGGAUUACAAAGUGGAUAGGAACAGCUAUUCUGAGAUAAUUUGCAAAUCUGCAACUUUUGGUACCCCUGUAUCUCCCUUUCCUACUGGAUGCAAAAUGUACUUAGUACCAGGUAUCUACUCUUCAGUACCUAUUGGGUUGCUGGAGAACAUUGACCUACCAAGUAAUCUGCUUCCCAGUGGAAGUGCUUUUCUUGGGAAGUCUCAUUCCGAUCUCUUUUCUUUUCCUGGUAGGCAUGGGUGGGAAAUCAAGAAACCUUUUCUGUCUCCAGUUGGGAAGCGCUUUGAAGGUGCUACAUCAAAAUCUGCUAGUUCAGAUAAGCUAGGUAGCAGUAAUCUGGAGCUUACUUGCUUCCCCAUUCAGGAGGAUCCUGAAAGUGGCGAGGAAGUGAAUGAUGCUGUUGACACUGGUGUGGAAAAGACCUCAUCAAAUAUGAAAAAUAGCACCAACAUUGAACCACUGUUUGAUAUUACUUUGCAGUCAACUAGUUCUCUGGCUCCAGAUCAUGCGGAUGAGAGUGAUUGUUUAGAAUCUGUGAGCACGGAUGUCAAGAGAACUGAUCCAAUUACAAGAAGUGGUGGCUACAAGGAGUCAUCUUGUGAUAUAGCUUUGCAGAAUGAAAACUUUCUUGCUCCAGAUGAUGCAGACAAGAGGCGUAGUCAAGGAUCUGUAUGCACAGAAAUCAGCACUUUUGAAACACAUAAUGACAGCAAGAAAAGUAGCAUGGGUCAGAAAAGAAGCAUGCAGACAAGGUUUGGGAAGGAGAACAAUGGUUUAUCAGUUGGUGCUUACAGCAGCAAGAAGCAAUCAAAACCACACAGUAGCAGGUUCAGCAAACCAAAAUUAUCAGGUAAAUCAAGUUUAAGAAGCAAAGGACAAAGUUUGUCAGAGAAGGAACAGAAGCGCAAUAAUAUUAUCUCUAACAUAAAAUCCAUUCUGCCACUUGUUCAACAAAAACAAGCAGCUGCUGCUCUUCCAGAAAAGAGAGAUGUAAAAGUUAAGGCUCUUCAAGCUUCUGAAGUUGCCAAAUGUGCUGCUGAAAUAAGAGAAAAUGAACGCAAUCAGAAGAAAGAGGCAAUGAAGCUUGAACGAGCAAGAGUGGAGCAAAAAAAUAUGAAGGAAAUGGAACUGAAAAGAAAACUUAAGAGGAACAAAGAAAGAAAAGGGAGGCUGAAAAUGCAGCUAAGAAAAGACAGAGAGAAGAAGAAGAAAAGAGAGAAAAGGAAAGGAAAAAACAGCGUAUUGAAUAAGCAAGGUUACAGCACAAGCAAGCAGAGGAUAAACUUCAAGCUUGGAAGGAGGAUUCAAGAUGUGCACCAGAGGAAGGAGGAGCUCAUCAGAGAAAGGACUUUAAUGAGAAAACAGAAAAACUUGACAAAGGACAUGAAGCAGAAGAUUCAGAGAAGGCAGUGAAUGAUUUGGUCGCUGUUGGAAGUGAUAAAAGAGAAGCUGAUGAUGGACUUUCAACCUUAAAUGAUCACAAGAUGUCUACAGGAUCUGCCAUUGGAAAGGUAGGUGCAGUUGACGUGGCCGAAAGUUCAACACCUAAUGUUGACCAAAAUGACAAGCUAACUCAUAGAACCAGUGCGCCAGUCAUAUGAUAUAUCACCGUACCAGUGCUCAGAUGAUGAAGAGGACGAAGUGGAUAAAAUACCAAACAAGAAGUUUGUGCCUACAUGGGCCAGGUUUGUAUCUCAAUUUUAGUUCCUUGAAGUUGGUUUCUCUACAUUGUAAGCUUUUUGGUUCUUCUUUCUUAAUGGUAGAGGUUGUAUCGUAUGGGGAGUUGGACUCUGGUUAAUCUGCUGCAGGUUGGGUUUUGGUUUGUUGCUAUGGUAGUUGUUACAUUUCACAGUUCACACAUCUCCUAUCACGAAUCCAUGAUAUGAUCAUUGUAAAAUUAGUUUCCAUUCUGAAUCUUGAGGUGUUGCUUGUUGUCUUCAGUAAAAGCUGUGUAUCAUUGGCUGUAUCGUCUUUGCAACAUGUAGAUCCAGAUGUGACUUUUCCUCUUGGAAGUUUUUGUAGCCUGGAAGAAGGCAAAGUUCUUUAUAUGCCUAGUUAUUGAUAUAGUUAAUUAAAUUGAGCUAUUUCACACAAUUAAAAAAAAAAAAAAACCUAUUUUCCUCCCCCAGUUCUUAUGCCCAGAAGAUUACAACAGAAAUUGAAGGGAGAGUCCAUGUUUAUAUGAGAACAGAGUUGGCAGAGGAUUUGCUAUUGGUUUGCGAGCAGGUAAAUCCCCAUUCUCCGCUCAGGCCUUCUCCCCCUGUUAAUAUUCCUGACCAAUUAGCCUUAUUCAAUAUAAAUUAUAACUCUAGACUGUAGAGUUCUUUGCAUAUUAAGCCACAACUUAAAUGAGUAGCAAAUUAGCAAUAUUCGAAUCUCUGGUACUUGUUCCAAUGUAGUUUUAUUUUUACACCCCCUUUUCACUGUUAAUUGUUGAUUAAAGUUUGGGAGUACAUACAUGAUCUAUUUAAUUUUUAGAUGUUUGAUAUGGCCAUCGUCUUUACUCAUCACUUUUAUCUUAUUACAACAGUCUGCCGUUUGCCUUUCUUCUAUAAAAAUUUGGUAGUAGGCUUUUUAUCGUUCCUCUAAGUUAUACUUAACCACUUGUGUGGUUCAGCAGAUUUUUGAAGGGCAGUGUACGCCGCUACCUCCAUUCAUCAGCUGAAAGAAGACUUCUCGCACUCGUAAAUGCAUUAAGAGACUCUUGGAUCAUAGCUGUAUAUAUGUCUGAUAUUUUACACGUAAUUUUUUAACAACCCUUAGUAUCUUAGCAGCUAAAUGCUAAGUUAGGAACGAUUGCCAGAUUCCACUGGCGUAAUCUUUUACAUUUGAAGAGUUAAAGGAGCUUUCAAAUUUCACAGGAAGCCAUUAGCUCUAGCAACUAAUGCUCAUAUAUUGAUUCUAAAGUCUUAGGCAUUUUCAAACUUUCACCAGUCUGAUUAGCAACUCUUGAUGCUUUUGCUGGAUUAUAAUAGAGAAUAUUGCCAGUCAUCCAAGAGUGUUUGGAUAAGAAUAGAGUAUCGCCUUUUGUUGUAGAAAUUACUCUGUGCUUGUGUUAUUUAUUUGUAUCCAAUAUACAGUUACGAAGUAUGA